GUUUUAAGAUGGGAAGCCCAUCUGAAUCUCAAGAUGACAACCAUCACAAAAGACGGCGUAAGUCGUCUACAUCCUCGGUGGAGGAGGCUCCUUCAACGAAGCGGACACGUGGUCGGGAGGAACGACCAUCUCGAUCCAGACAAAGGCAGCCAACUAGACGGAAGCGGCGCCCUCGUUCUGCUAGCAGCAGUGACGGCAGCGGUGGCCGCCAUAAGGAUUUUGAAGCGAGGUUUGACCAACUCUCGUACCAGGUGAACGCUAUUACUGAUUUUAUUCAACGUUCUAUGCAUCCGGAAACCCAAUCCCAGAAUCGAUCGGAAUCAUCUUCAGAGGACGAAGUGCCGUUAGAAAAUGUGGCUUUUAAAGACUUUAAUACUACUUUAAAAGACAAAGGUGUUGGAAAAACUGAAGAAGCGAAGUUUGAGUUAUUGAAGAAUUUGCAACGAUUCGAUUCUCGGGAAUGGGCUGACAUAUCUUUCUUUGAUAUUCAAAAGAGUUACCUAGCGGUACCAGGUUUCAAGGAAUUGGAAACGAAUGACGAAUUGCGUCAUUAUGAUAAAUCGAAACAUUUAGCAUCAUUUGAAAAGACAUUAGCUUCUUUAACUCAUGCCUUUCUUCUUCAUCGCGAUCAUACGCAAACGUGUUUGCAAAAUAUUUUGAAGUGGGCAGGACAGUGUGAAAAUAUUACUGCUGUGGCUUUGAAAGAUAAAAUAACAGAUUUGUUUGUCGAGGAUGAUAAAUACAACAAGAGCACUAAUGAUAUUUUGCAAAUACUUUGCGGAAAGCGGGCUGAUGUUGUUUUAAAUCGUAGAAGUGAGAUUUUAAAGAAUGUAACGGAUACUGUGACCGCGGCUGGUUUUCGAAAGAUACCCCCAUCUUACGAGAAUCUUUUUCAGGCGGAAAAGUUAAAAGAAUUUCUCAAGAAUGAGGGUGGUUUGAAUAAAGUUUUUCCUGCUCAGAACAGUCAGAACAAACCGCGUAAAAACCAGAAGUUCCCUAGAUUUUUGGCCGCUAACAGAGGGUAUUUCCAACCGUCAGUACCUCCUUUCCGAUUUAACUUUCGAUCGAAGCCAACGUUCUUCCCCAAUUUCCCAACGUACGACUUCAACCAGCCCCGUGCCCCUAGAGUCGACAGGUCGGUUACACUGCCGCAGGCUUCAAAUUUUAAGUCGCGAGCUUCAGCGGUCAAGUCCCUGUCGCCUCCGACAAUUGCCAGGGUCAAUAGUGCAAGACUUGGUAUGGUGGAUAAAGAACGUGAAGAGGCAUUCGCUAAUUCAUCAACCCCUCAUAAAGAACUUUCUAACCACGGACGCAGCAGGCUAUGGCUGGGGGGCACAGUUAAACGACAUGAUCCUCUCAGGCAGAUGGAGCAGCGAGCAGAGGUGCUGGCACUCGAACCUGAAGGAACUGCAUGCAAUAUACGAAGCAAUUCGAGCGAACAGCCGCCGAUGGCAUUACGACCUAGCGUGGGUGUUCCCACCACCAUCGUUGAUACCUCGAGUCCUAGCACACCUGAACCAGUGCCGAGGGAGAUACAUAAUAAUAACGCCCAGGUGGGAAAAGACCUUCUGGAUGAGCGACUUACGCGCUCGGGCUCUUUGUUCUCCGAUCAAAAUUGUGAACCUACAUCACCACCUAGUCGACAUGACCACACGACGUCCACCGCCGAACUUGGGGGAACUGGAACUGGAAGCAUGGUGAUAACAGACAAGUCUCACAACACCGGAGAGGACGAAGGGGCCACAAUAGAAGGAUUUUACCUGCCAAUAAAAUCCAUAUUGUGGUCCAGAAGUCCUCUCCGGGCCUAUUAA